ACAACCGCCUAGCAACAGUAAAUUGACGGUGGCCAGGCAAAAGAGAAUUUGGCGUACAUAAAUUUUCUUAUAACUAUCAUACAAACUUGAUGUCACGAAGAAGCUGAUCCAUAAAUUAAUAAGUUAUGGAAUGAACCCGAAACCAGUCAAGUAUUAUUUGAAUAGAUCAAAAUGAGAAUAUGGGUGGAUGGAAUCAAGAUUAUCUCAUUAUGUCUCGAAGAUGAUCCGGUGUAACUGGAAUAUUUUCUUAGACUUUAGAUGUUGUUCAGGUGAAGUUACUAAAAACAUGCUUUUAUCACACUGUCGAAACUUGACUAAGAUUAUUGCCGUUGAUGUUCAACCAGCAUUUGUGGACUUCGCCAAGGAAACAUUCGGUCAUGAAAGAAUUGAAUAUAUGGGUCUGGAUAUAACAGAAAAAAUGAAUACAAAACCAGCCCAGUAUUGUUCGAAUAGACCAGGAAAUGUUUUAGAAUGUAUAGAUUCAAGACUAUCACAUUACGUCUCGAAAAUGACUGGGUCUAACUGGGAUGUUGUCUUAGACUUUGGAUGUGGCCCAGGCGACGUCACUAAAAACAUACUUUUAUCACACUGUCCAAACGUCACCAAGAUUAUUGCCGUUGAUGUUCAGUCAGCACUUGUGGACUUCGCCAAGGAGACAUUCGGUCAUGAAAGGAUUGAAUAUAUGGUUCUGGAUAUAACAGAAAAGACUCCUUCACAAUGGAGCAAAAUGUUUGACAAAGUCUUCGCUUUCCUUUCUUUUCAUUAUGUCAGAGAUGUUAGAAAAUUUCUGAAUAUACUUCAUGAUAUAUUAAAACCAGGGGGGUACUUUCUCUCUAUCGGUAUAGCUUCAGCUCCUGCGUUUUCUGUUUGGUUAGAAAUGUCAUUGAAGGAAGAGUGGAAACAGUACUUUAUCGGGAUAGAAAAAUACAUUCCGGUUACCCAUGUGUUAAAAGAUUAUUGUAAUGGAUUCAAGAAAUUAGCAAAGGAAUGUGGAUUUGUCCCCAUUGCUGUAACUUCAAGUUUGGAAUCUGUUAUUUUUGAUUCAGAAAAACAGUUUAUAGAUUUCCAUGAAUCAGUUUUACCCGAAGAAAUAGUUAAACAGAUACCAUUGGAAAAUUUCGACAAAUUCUUGGAUGACUAUAGGAAAGCUUUUCAAAAAUAUGAAGUAACUUACAAUACUGACGGAACAUUCGCCGUUCAGCAUACUGUUCUUGAAAUUUGUCUUCAAUUUGAAAAUACUACAAGUUGAAUUCUAUUAAGGUGUCUUACACGAUAUACUUUUAAAUUUUUAAUUAAUUAUCAGAUUAAAUGAAGUCUAAAUAUAGAUGUUAAAAGUUGUCAAUUAAUCUGUAACUUUUAGAAAGUUCUUUGUUAAUGAAAUGUAAUAAAGUUAUUUUUAAAACAGAA